UGAAUGGUUUGCACUGUAUGAUUUCAGCUGUCAAGGGAGUAUUUCACAAGCAGUAAUAAAGCAUGGAGUAAGGGACAUUACUAGAAAACUUUAUCUUUUGCAGCUCACUGUGGUUGUGCAACUUUGGAGGAGGACGGGAGGGACUACAACAAAGCGAGUCACACUGCACUACAGGGUAAGGCACGCAUGUGAGGGCUUGCACAAAACUGGACUGUUAGUCUUUACUGAGGACUGCUAGAAAAGAGACAAAACAAAGGAGGACAGGGAAGACAUUGCAUUGGCUGGGCUACAUUUCUGUAAAAGCAACAGCAUCCUUUUUGUCUCAAAGCACUCUAGUGUCAGCGAAGACACCUGGAGCCUAGGAGGGGCAAGAAAGCAAAAUGCUCACCCAAAAAGGCUUUGAAAAAUAUGCUUUACCAUUUGCACAUUUGAAAAGAAAAACAAAAGGAAAAGUUUGGGACAGGGAGUGAUUAAGUACGGUGGAGAUCUACACAACACUCACUAAAAGAACAAUAAUUUGCAGGUGGGGAAAGACUUUCUGUCUGCCUCUCUCUCCCUUUUUUUUUUUUUUUUUUUUGAAGUAUGAACAAAUAAGUACAAUCAUUCCAAUGUUGCAGGGCUUUUCACCACCUUGGAGCUGCAGAGAGGAUAAGGAUACAGGUAGGAACAGAAAUGCUCCCAGCAAAUGAAAAUCAGAGAGAGAGAGUGGACAAAGAGAACUAUGAGUUUACCCACAAACAGUGGUUUUCUGAUGUUAUCUGAUCGAGGACUAAAACUACGAAAUGGGAAUAUUUAUGGAUCUCCUUGUGCUGUCAACAGACCAAUUGAUAUUGUGCAAAAGCGAAGACGUUUUGAUGUGGAAAAUGGCCUGUCUGUUGGAAGAAGUCCGCUCGAUCCCCAGGCCAGUCCAGGCUCUGCUCUCAUCCUGCAGGGAAACUUUCCACACAGCCAGCGCAGAGAGUCUUUCCUGUACCGCUCUGACAGUGAUUAUGAUCUCUCUCCAAAGGCUAUGUCAAGGAACUCCUCCAUCGCCAGUGACCUACAUGGAGAAGACAUGAUUGUGACACCAUUUGCACAAGUUCUGGCAAGCUUGCGUACAGUGCGAAGUAACUUUGCAGUGCUGACACAUCUGCAAGACCGGGUGACCAACAAACGUUCUUCAGGCAGUAACCCAACAUCGAUGUGCAAAACCAGCCUGCCAGAAGAUGCCUACCAGAAGUUGGCGAUUGAGACACUGGAGGAGUUGGACUGGUGUCUUGAUCAGCUGGAGACCUUACAGACCCGGCAUUCUGUCAGUGAAAUGGCUUCUAACAAGUUUAAAAGGAUGCUGAACAGAGAACUAACACAUCUAUCAGAGACCAGUCGAUCUGGGAACCAGGUCUCAGAGUAUAUAUCAAAUACAUUUUUAGAAAGACAGCAUGAAGUAGAAAUUCCAUGUCCUGUGCCAAAAGAAGAGAAGAAGAAGCGUCCUAUGUCCCAGAUCAGUGGUGUAAAGAAGCUCACGCAUAGUACCAGCCUGACCAAUAGCAGCAUCCCCCGCUACGGUGUGAAAACUGACAGUGAGGGACUGCUGGCAAAGGAAUUGGAAAACAUCAACAAAUGGGGUCUUGGUAUCUUUGAGAUAGGAAAGCAUGCUGGAAAUCGACCACUGACAGUCAUCAUGUAUGCAAUUUUUCAGGAGCGGGACCUUCUGAAGACCUUCAGAAUUCCAGCUGACACAUUCAUCACCUACAUGAUGACUUUAGAAGACCAUUACCAUGCAGAUGUGGCAUACCACAAUAACAUUCACGCUGCUGAUGUGGCCCAGUCAACACAUGUGCUUUUAUCUACACCAGCAUUAGAGGCUGUUUUCACAGAUCUGGAGAUACUAGCGGCGAUUUUUGCUAGUGCUAUUCAUGAUGUUGAUCAUCCAGGUGUGUCAAACCGGUUCCUGAUAAACACCAACUCAGAAUUGGCCUUGAUGUAUAAUGAUGCGUCAGUGCUGGAAAAUCACCAUCUUGCUGUUGGCUUUAAACUCCUUCAGGAAGAAAACUGUGAUAUUUUCCAAAACCUGAACAAAAAACAGAGGCAGUCACUUAGAAAAAUGGUCAUUGACAUGGUUCUUGCAACAGACAUGUCAAAACACAUGAACUUGUUAGCAGAUUUGAAGACAAUGGUUGAAACCAAGAAAGUUACAAGCUUAGGGGUGUUGUUGUUGGAUAACUACUCUGAUAGAAUACAGGUUUUACAGAACAUGGUACACUGUGCUGACCUCAGCAACCCUACAAAGCCUCUGGAGCUGUAUCGACUGUGGACAGACCGCAUCAUGGAGGAAUUCUUUAGUGAAGGGGACCGAGAGCGAGAGAAGGGUAUGGAGAUCAGCCCUAUGUGUGACAAGCACAAUGCUUCCAUUGAAAAGUCACAGGUUGGUUUUAUUGACUACAUUGUGCAUCCUUUGUGGGAAACUUGGGCAGACCUUGUGCAUCCUGAUGCCCAAGAGAUUCUGGACACAUUAGAGGACAACAGGGAGUGGUACCAAAACAUGAUUGCACAAACCCCUUCUCCUCCACCAGAGGACAAUGAAAAAGAAGGUAACAGUGGUGGUGAGAAGUUUCAGUUUGAACUUACACUGGAGGAGGAGAGGGAGUCAGAUUCUGACCAGGAGGAGACUGAGAGCCCUGUGGAGGAAGAUAACAGUUGCAGUGAUUCAAGGACCGCUGCAACAGAUGACUCUGAAUCGGCAGAGCUUCAAGGCAGCUAUGAAGGAACCGAAGCAUCAUCUCCAACAGACUUGUGCAAAAAUGCAGCAGAUAGGUCCUUAACAGACUCCUCAGCCAAGGGUUACCUUAGUCAAACCCAAAUCAUUUUAACAAGCCAGAAGGAAUCCCCACACAUAGACAAUAGGAAGACCAAUGAAAGAACUCUUUCACAAGAUGAAUCGGGCACUUCAGUGUUACAGACAGUCAAGAAGACAAGCAGUACAAGGGAGACAGAGUAUUGCAUAGAUCAGGAGGGGAACAUCACUUUCCUCUCACUGGACACAUAAUGAUUGCCUAGGAUACCCUUUGCAAUGGUAAUAGGUAGUGAACAUUGCAGUGUAUUUGGUUGUUGUUGGAAAGGCAGCUGAAAUAAUUUUUGGGCGGGGUUAAUAUACUAUUAAUUUCUCAGUAAUAAUGAUACAUGAAAGAGUAAUGGUGCAGCACAGAUCAGACUUCCCCCAUACCAGCUCUCUCAAAGUAUGUAACAGAGAUGGCCCACAUAUGGAACAGGAAUUUCUAUGAAAAGAAGUACUUUUUGGAAAAGCUGUUCUUUGUAGACCAAAACCACACUGCAGUAAACGUUUCAGAAUAUACAUUUUAAUAUUUGGGAUUAGAUGAUUGAAUUGUGAGUGGCAGGAAUGAGCAACAACCCUGGAGCUCCAUUCAGAAGGUCACAGUAGGACUGGGCAGGACAUUGCGAGUGGAAUAGUGGCCAGAGAAGUGGCAAUUCUUGAUGUCUUCCUUUGGGUAAGAUCCAUCCUGCCCCAAAACAGGGUCUUAUGACUUUUUGUGACAGAAAGUACUUACAGCAAUGGAUCCCUAAAACAUAACUGAUUUAUUUUCCAGUUCAUCAUUGUUUCACAAGGAUUUUGCUUUAUUUUACCUCACUCACUGUUUUAACUAGAAUUACAGAAAUGUUCACUACACUGAACUUGCAACUGCCAAAUAUUUAUAGUACCUGAAUAGACAACUACACGUGCAAACACCUCAGGGCAUAAAUGAAUACCAUACUUAUUGGCAAUGUUUGCAGACACUGAUGUGACUGGGUAUCCCUGCUUAUCACAGCUGACUUGGAGAACUGGACUUUGUAGUUUUCUUUUCUUUAAACUAGAGUAACAUCUUUAUCCAUACCUUCAUACUACUGGUCACAAGAAAAGCAAAGCACUGUGGUUUCUUGCAAGACUUCCUUGUUAAAUAUUAAAUCUCUUGGCACCUGUAGAUGAAUUACUGUAAUCACACUUAACAUGUUUUAUUCAUUUGCAUAUUUGUUUAUUACAGGCCUUCAAGUCAUUUGUAUUUUGAAUCGGUGAACCUGCAUUUCUGUUUGUGUUAUCCUGGAGGACAUA